AAUAUCCGCGUGUUUAAAAAGUUAUCAGACCCGCUGACCUGCAGAGCGCGGGGCCGUCGUUAUCUCAAGACAGUUGACAGCGGAUCUUCAGUUCGCAAACAUGCGCAUUUUGCUCAUCUGCGCUUUGUUUCAAUAUGCUUUUGCACAAGUUAGUUUCGGAAAGUCCUAUUUAAGAAAUUCUCGUUUGUGCCACCAAUGGAACUGCGUGAACGAGAAGCUCGGUCUUUCAGACACUUUACCUCCUAGAGAGCAGUUCUCUAGUGUCUUAGACAAUCUUCUGCCUUUAGAAUGGCACGACGCGGGACGAGCGGCACUAGACAUAUGCUAUGGCAACCGCACUCGGCGGUACACGAACACAUGCCCCGGACAAGCACUAUUGCAUUGCGUAGUCGAUAAUCUAAUGGAGAAUUGUCCUGACAACAAAUGGGCUAAGGAAGACGGUUGCAACCCGGUGUCAGCACUAGCUGGUAGUAAAUACAUGUUUUCACAAAGUCGUUACAUGAAUCUACAACAGAAUUUACAAAAAGAACGCCGUCCGAAAUGGUUCUUGGAGCAUUACUUUAGCACGAAAUGCUGUGAACUACCGCAGUUUUUCAACUCCACGGUACUAAAAGAAUGUGGGUUCGAUACCUUCGUGCUCUACCACUUGCAUGACCCUCAGAUUGACGCACAUUUCACAUCCGAACACUUAAGACCGAUGUCUUCGAAUAAUCUCCGUGCAUCAAUAUCUCACUACAUUCCAGUAAGAUCUCGCGCGCCGCCAGCCACGAACACUGGCUUCGGUGGAAUAGAGGAGAACGAAGCCGUCAACGACCCUCUCGAUUGUUGCGACAUGAGAGAGUUCAUAUUACCGGAGUGGCGCGAGGAGUGCGCCUUCCAGCUCGCCUGGCACCGACAUGACAGGCUGGUCAUCAACGAGCCGCGCCGGGUUGUCACCGACCCACCGGAAACUGAUGACAAGGAGCCUAAAGUGACAGAUGUUAAAAUCGUACCCCAUUCUUGCGAGAUAGAGACAUGUAUAUUCAGCAAGCUAGGCAUAGUAACAUCGGGCGCAGUAGACACGCUGGCGCUGUCGCGGCUAUUGGACAAUAUGACAGUGGACGGCCACUGGCUUCGGGCGAAGGCGCGCGUGGACUCGCACUGUCUUACUAAACUCGCCACUUACGAGGCGGAUUGUGAGAUUAACAAAGUGCUGGCUUGUGUAUUGGAUGUACUCACUGAGAAUUGUCCCGAUGCUAAAAAGGACGAUCCUUGCAAGCAUUCCAGUGGAUUACAGAACAAUAUAACUUGUCAAAUUAGUUCAUCUAAAUUCAGACCGCGAAAACGUCGUCAAUUAUGCAAUGUACCGGAUUUCGUUGACAUGAAGACGUUAAAGGAAUGCGGAGUGGAGUCCGUAGCUCGCAUCGAACACGCGCCGGAGACGCCGGCGCUCAAGCGAGGCUGGACUGACGGCAGGAAGUGCGAAGAAGAAACACCUUCAACGACGUGUCUCAUGAACAAGAUGGACAUUCUCAACAAAUAUAACUUCAUAGAUUAUUUCAAGCUAAAGGAACGUUUGCGUGAGUUUUGUCAAGGCGUGUGGUAUCCGAUGCGCGGCGCGUACAGCGCGGCGUACAAUGCAGGGCCGCUAUACGCGCAACAUUGCAGCGCGCCCAACAAACUGCUCAAUGUACUCGACACAAUGCUUGCUACAUGUCCCAUAUCAAAAAGAAGACGAGGCGAGAACUGCAAGAGAAUAUUCUCCGAGUUAACAACUACCCUACCUGGUUAUCACCAAGAAAUCAGUAACGCCACAUUAGAAGAACUACUGCGUCGUUUCCAACAUGUAUUUUUACCUGGACAAAUACCUCAUAUAUCUCCAGAUAGUGUGAGAACAGUAAACCAUCAAAGAUAUUUAUUUAAUUACGGGUUUCUGAGUUCUCAAGACGAGCCUGUAGUGAGAGUGAUAGAUGUUAAACCUACGCCGCCAGUGGAAAAGCCCUUAAUUCUUCUUCCUGUAUAUCAAAGAAUGAAAGGGAGGCCGUACAAUAAUGAUGGGAUAUGGCGUGGAUCUCCGAUACAAUGAUUAUUAAAUAAAAAAAAAACGUGUUAUGGUAGCUAUUUUUAAAUAUAUUGAAAAAUGAUAAUGUUUUUUUACAAAUGCUUUGUCAAUACGAACUCAGGUAAAAUCGUGUUGAGAGGUCAAAUAGUUUACGUUUCUUAACUUUUUAGGUAAAUAAACUGUGUAAGAAUUAUCUCUCUAAUAUACUAUAUAAGUUUAUUGG